UGUUAGAAACAGAAGUUAGAAGUUAACAGUAAUAUCUAACUAAAUUGUUGUCAGUGUAAAAACUGGAAGUGAAGUGUUUUAACCGUACCUAUUAUGCAAUUAAUUACAUAAGUGGUCAUUGUUAUACCUUGCUUGCUGGCUGUGUUAAUCUUUAAACUUACUACUUCACACAAUCUAAUGAUGUGGGCGAACCUGUCAAGUGUUUUUUUUUAUCUGUUUUGUAAUCAGGUUAACCCAUGCUCAGAUUCAGCAGUAUUGUUUGUAUUGAGAUCUGGAGCCAAGUGUUGAAAGAGGUUUAAGUUCAGGUCAUUAAGUUAAACAAAGAGCACAUGGUAGGGCGGUCCGAUAAUAAAAGUCGGCAGUAGUGCGUGGCGGAGCAUUUAUAGAGUUCAUCGGAAAGAACAUCUCCACCUGCGUGACACACAAAUCCUCUUUCUACUUUUUGAGAGUCUUCUGCGUACUCCAUGAAAACGCCUCACCAUGGCCACAUUGCUGUGUCUUUUCUUCUCUUUGCUUGGCCUGGCUGUCAUGGGAGCAGUGAAGAACUGCCAUCCACAGUGUCGGUGCGAAGUGGAGAGCUUUGGCCUCUUCGAUAGUUUCAGCCUUACCAAAGUGGACUGCAGUGGAAUUGGCCCUGGGAACGCUCCUGUCCCCAUCCCGCUGGACACGUCCCAUCUCGACCUCUCCUUAAACUCCAUCACCUCCAUCAGCGACUCGAUGCUCUCUGGGCCGGGUUACACCACCUUGGUUAGUCUGGAUCUGAGCGGCAAUCUCAUUUCACAUGUCAGUCCCAAAGCAUUCUCCAAACUUCGCUACCUUGAGACGUUGGACCUGAGCAACAACGCUCUUGAAGAUCUCGGCGACGGCUGCUUAACCGGACUCCCUCUGGUUGAGCUGGACCUGAGUGAAAACCGGUUCAGAGAGUUCAGUCUCGACCUCCUCACCACCAGAGCUCAGGAUAUACCAAUCAUGGUGGACCUGUCACGAAACCUUCUUACCUCCAUUUCCAGGAAGACCCCAGGCCAUUCAUUGAAUAUCAAGAGCCUCAUGCUGGCAGGGAACCAACUGAAGAAGGUGCCGAUGCUUAACAAGAUCCCACUUCAGUAUCUGAACCUGGACGGGAAUCUCAUCUCCAGCAUUGAUGCAGGGGCCUUCGAUUCGAUGACAGAACUGGUUCACCUGUCUCUCAGCAGCCUGUCUGACCUGACCCUCAUUCAACCAGGUGCUUUUAGAGGUCUGAAGAACCUUCAAGUCUUAGAUUUGUCAAACAACAGCCAGCUUAAGACGUUGACGCCGGAUGUAUUUAGUGGACUCGACUCUUUACAAGAGCUCAAUUUGUCAAAUACACCCGUCACACCAUUAUCAAGGGCCGUCUUUACACAGAUGCCAAGCAUAAAAAGCAUAACUUUAAGUCCAACCGUGCAUUGCUGGAAGACACACAAGCAAGGACAGUUUCACAGACAGAUUGGACAAGCCAAAGCUAAUGAUAUACUUACCUGUGACAACGCAGGAAUGAUCUUAUGAGCCUGAAGUGCCAGGAAAGACUUCUUUUCUCAUCUCUGUGCCUUGUUAGUAUCUCAUAAGAUCUUUUAUUUUUUGUAAUUCAAGAUUGCAUCAUAUUUGCACAUACUAUGCCAACUAAGGUCCAUUAUUUUACAUGUGUUCAUCACAUUUAAGCACGCACAGUACAUCGCAAUGACUCAUGCACUUUAGUUACCACAUUUCUGUUCUUCUCUUAAUAUGUAACCUGAGAUUUGCAGUGUGAUGUCAACUCUGAUGUGAUAUUUUGUUGUUGUUGUUGUUGUUAAACACUAACAGUCUUAAAGUGUGUAUAGACACACCAGUGUUGCAGAUCAAUUUAGAAGUCACGGUGCCUUAAACAGUAAUUCAUAUAACUUAAGUAUUUUGGAAUAAUACGUUUUUUAAUGUUUGGAUGCCCCCUUACGAUCCAUUUUUAAAGACUGAUGGGCAAUAAAAUUUGGUGUUUUUAAUUUUAAUUUCAUUUGAUUUGAAAUUGAGCUUUUUUGACUGAAGCACAAAAGAUAAAAUACGAUAUGUGAAAUUUAAACGUAAUUUAUUAAUUUGUCAGUGACAAGUUUUCUUAAUACUGAACUUUAAGCAUGAUUUAACUGCAAUAUAUUUUUGUACACAUCGCUCAGACUGACACUUGAGAGAAAUGCAACAUUAAUGAGUUCACAUGUCUUUAUAAUUCCUAAACCGUCAUUUCACAGACGUUUACUUGAUCUGAAAUUUUGCACUUUUUAUGAGAUUUGUAUGGAUUUCAAAAAAAUUGCAUGAUGAUUGUUCAUCAUGUGAGCCGAGGUACGUUUUAUGUUUGUACAAAAUUAUACUAUUAAUAAAAUAUAAUCAACUGUACACAUA